AUGUUAGGUUUAAUUUUUCUCAAUUCGCGUAUUGGACUCGCCAUCAUUUUCUUCAACACUUUCGUAUGGAUCCCGUUGUUUCGUGUCAAGGAAGCGAUUCUCGGUGUCGCUAGUGUUUUCCGCCUCGCUUCCUUGCCAGAAAUGGACAGCUCCCGCGGCGGAACUCUGCUGGUGAGAAGAUACGAAGAGUUGCAGAGGAGCGAUGAUCGAACGGAAGAGGAGGAGAUGUGCUCCAUCUGUUUGACGGAAUUCGCGAGAGAAGAUUCCGUGUGCAAAUUGCCGGACUGUGCGCACGUUUUUCACUUCGAUUGCAUCGAGAAAUGGCAUGAGAGGAAUCGCUUCACUUGUCCUCUCUGUAGAUGCUUCUUCAACAUCGAGAAACACCAUGAGAGGAAGCUCCGCUUCGUUGUUCCAGAUAAUCCUUCCUCCCUAUAUUAUUUCUUGCAGUGA